UCCUGUUUCCAGCCCUAAAUCCGGUCAGGGUUCAGCGUUCGAGCUACAAGUUGUGUCGUCGCUAGGUUCGAGGACAUUGGAGGUGAGAAGGCUAAACGGAGAGGCCGGAGAUCGCGGGAAGCUGCCAAGACUUGGGAGCCUAGGGGUUGCGGGAGGCAAAGCCGGCUCCAGCCACAAUGAUUGAGGUGGUUUGCAACGACCGUCUAGGAAAGAAAGUCCGCGUUAAGUGCAACACCGAUGACACCAUCGGCGACCUGAAGAAACUGAUAGCGGCUCAAACUGGCACCCGCUGGAAUAAGAUCGUUCUUAAAAAGUGGUACACGAUUUUUAAAGACCACGUGUCUCUGGGAGAUUAUGAGAUCCACGACGGGAUGAACCUGGAGCUUUAUUACCAGUAGAGGGGACUCCUCCCUCCUCCCCUCGUCUCCCUGCUCUGCCCUGCCUUCCCCUCCCUCCCUCAUUUGACACUGGUAUAGAUGGUCAUUUUUAACAGUUCACAUGAAUAAAACUUUGCUGCUGCUUUGC